UAUUUAGUGCUGUUUUCUGGAUUAUAAAUAGUAGAUAGACUUCUACCGAUUCUUCUUGUGAAGCGUUGCAGAAAAUCUAAGAGAGAUAGAAAGAUUGAGAAAGACAGAGUGAGUUAUAUACACAAAAGUUUCAACAAAUAACCAUGAUGUUGUUGCAGUGGUUUAUCUUCCCACCACCUCCUUCUGUUUUCAUCAAGGCAAUGUCAGUUAUAAGUUUAACAUCGAUAGCUAUAUUGGGGUUUUCAGAGAUGAGAGGAAAGCACUUGAAUUACUCAAAAUUCUGGAAUUCUAAUUCUCAAAAUUCAACUUCUAAACGGCAAAUAAAACUAUCAGGAAGAGCAGGCAUGCUUCUUCUUUAUACCCCUGCCUUUCUUGCUGCCUUCAUAUCCUUGCUUCUUUUACCCCAUCACCAUAUCAGAUUUGUCUUGCUCAAUUCAGCUCUAGCCCUUCAUUUCUUCAAAAGAAUCUUCGAGGUUCUGUUUGUUCAUAGAUUUAGCAGUGACAUGGUUCUCAAUAGUGCUAUUGUGAUCUCACUGAGUUACUUCUCCUCCACUUCAACCAUGAUUUAUGCUCAGAAGCUAACACAAGGUCUUCCGGAGCCACCAAUCGAUUUGAUGUACUUUGGAAUUGUAUUGUUUCUAAUAGGAAUAUUUGGGAAUUUCUACCACCACUACAUCCUUUCCAAUCUAAGAGGAAACGGUGAGAAAGAGUAUAAAAUUCCCAAAGGAGGUCUUUUUGGGUUUGUUAUUUGCCCACAUUAUUUGUUUGAGAUAAUUAUGUUUGUUGGGGUGUCCUCUGUUUCUCAAACUCUCUAUGCAUUCUGCUUCACAAUAGGCACAUUUUUCUACUUGAUGGGAAGGAGUUAUGCUACAAGAAGAUGGUAUCAUUCCAAGUUUGAAGAUUUUCCUCAACAUAUCAAGGCUCUUAUUCCAUACAUCUUUUAAUUAAGGGUACUUACUUAGCCGCUAAUAUUAGAUAUAUGGAGUACUCUUGCUUAAUAUUAAAAGUGUUUUUCGACUAAUAAGUUGCUUAAUUGAGAGACAUAUACUAAUAACACUUUUGUUAAUUUAUCUACACUAUAUAUAUAGUUUGGUGUUGCGACUAUAUAUAUCAUUGUGAGUUUGUUUUAUAUACAAAAUUAAGAAAUUGUCUCCAUUGUUUAAAAACAGAGGAAUUUUCCAUGAAUAUCAAUACAAAGUAAGAAGUUACUUUUUCA